UGUAUUUGGCAGGAGUUUCAGGAGAUAUCAGUCUUCUUUAGGAGGUGUACAGUAUUUUUCCACUGGUGUCCCAAGUGUCUCUCUUUACUGAGGAUGUAUGCAUCAUUCCAUUUUCUUCCUCCUUGUCAAAGUGGAAUUUUGAACCAUAAAUCCCUUUCUGUCUCUUGCUAACCUUCUUUAAUUGCCUCUGUUGUUCAGUAAUCACAGUCUAAACCUCUGUUCAGGUGACUGCCAAUAAGUCAUUUUCUUCCGUUUGCAAGCUUUUACCUCUCCACUGGUCUCUGUUUUGUUAAUGGAGGCAAUGUUUGAAGAAUGUCUCUACUUCACUGUGUUUCAGCAGACAUAAAAUCUCCAGAUGAGAAGAGGAGUCCUCUUCACUUUUACAAGUUUGUUGUUUGCACAAGACGUUGACAUCACAUUUUUCCCGUUCCUUAGAAGAAACGGACCAUUUUUCCUGCCGUGCUUUGUACUUUUGUCUUGACUAAUUUCUACGUGGACAUUUGUCACGUGCUUUGUGGCAUCAUGUCUCAGAAAUUGCCAGCAGACAGUGGUCAGAAACACUUCACUGUAGGUCGGGGGCUUCUUGCUGCCGCUGAAACCUUAAACUUCAACAUAAAUGACCAGCGAUCCAGUCGUCAGAUGGGGGGCAUGGUCUCUAGUGUGGGUAGUGGUGAUGUGGAGGUAAAGGAUAGCAGCUCCCAGAUGCCCCGGCAUGGCAGUGGCAGCAAUCUUGGCAGCACCAUGAAGCUUUUUGCCAGUUUGGGACUUUCACCCUCAGACCUGGAUGCUCUGGCCAAAAUUCCCGAGGAGGAAAUCAGUGUGGAGACGCUACCUCACAUCCUCAUGCAACUUAAGAAUCGGAAGGGGGAUGUGGUAGAGCGGCGAGGAGCAUCCUCUGAUGCUGGUUAUCGAGAAGCCAGGAGCGACUGGGAUGACGUGCACGUAGGACGGUUUGGCAAUCCUUCUCUGGGUCAGAGUUCAGCCCGGGCCCAGUCCUCUGCAGACUUUGGGUACAGUUCCCUUCAGGAUACCUCCUCCGGCCGUGGCUAUAGCUUAAAUUACAGCAGUGGUGGGAGCAGAGAAAGGCCAUACUCUGAGCUUUCCCACCACAGUUCCUACAGCGGGCUCAGCAUGGAGCCGUCAUCAUGCAAUCCUGUUUUUAUGCAGAGAAGAAUGGGAUCCCCAUCAAAUGGAAAAGUCCAAGACUUCUUGGGAGUCAUGCCCUCCAUGUUCCCCCAUGUGUGCGCUCUUUGUGACUUUGAUGUUUAUUCCUCCAUGGAGUGGAACCAACAUGUCAACGGACUUCGACAUGCUGGAAACCGGCGGCUGCUCCUCAACAUGUAUCCAGACUGGGACCCUGGUAUGGCUCCUGGCAGAGGUGGAGGUCUUCUGGACACCCCCAACCUGUCUGCCGGACUACUUGGACCUGCCCCAUUUUCGUCGUCUCAGACUAGUGGGAUGUCCUCCACCUGGGGUGAAGCUCCCCGCCUGUCAGGAAACGGUCAGUCCGGACAGAAUAAGCUGAGAAGCAGAGUGGUGGUGGCAAAGUAUGACAAAAAACCGCUCAGCAACAAGACUCUGUUUGUCCACACUGAGCCAUUUGGAGUCCUAAGGGAACACCUGGUCCUCAAGAACAAGGCCUUCCUAGAGAUGAGUAGUCACGAAGAGGCUGUGGACAUGGUGAACUACUACGAGCAGCAUCCAGCAUACCUGUAUGGCAAACCCCUCAAGUUCUACCUGUCCAAAAGGCUGAUGGUCAUCGAGAAGGAUGAGCGGUUGUCAGACGGGCUGAUGGACAGACCGGCCAGGGAGGUCAAAGGUCACGGUAGUCAGGUGGUGUUUUUCUGCAACCUGCCCAGAGACGACGAAAAGAAGGAGGAGCUGCUGAUCAUCUCUCGACGCUUCGGUGUCGUGGAGAAACAUCUCUUUUUAACUGACCAGGCGUUUGUCCAGAUGGAAACCCCAGAGGAUGCAGAGAUGCUGGUGAAGUAUUACAGUGCAAAUCCUCUCACGAUUAAAGGACGACACAUCCGCUUGAACAUCUGCACCAAGUACAAGACCCUUAAUGUGAACCGACGGCAGGGAGGGGCUUCUGGAGACAACUGGAACCAGAGAAGCAGCGGAGCAAACUCCUCCUCUUCCAGCUAUUCAACCAGGACCUUUACCAGUUCCAGGACCUCCUCAUCUAGCUCUAGGACCAGAGAGGACAAGAAGAAAGAGGAGAAACCUACUGCAGAUGAGGAAGAGGUGUCUGGAGUGAUGGAGGGAGAGGAUGAAGAGGACAAAGGGGAGGUGGAGCAUGUAGAGAAAGCAGAGGAUGAAACAGUGUCUGAAGAUGUCACAGUGCAGCAGGAGGAUGAGGAGGUGAAGGAAGAAGAGGAGGAAAGAGAUAAGGAGGAUCCUGACGGUGGUAAUACCACUGACGCACCUGCAGAAGUGGGAGGGGCUGUAGAUGAAGCACAACAGGAGGCAGCAUCAGAAACAAGAGAAACUGAAGCUUCAACUAGGGAACAUGAGAAUAAAGACAAGCAGAGUGCAGAGACUCCAGAGAAUGAGGGCGACCUGCCAUCAGACCUGUUUGAACAGGGCUUCCUGGAGAACAUGGACGAUUUUGUGACGUUGGAUGAAGUGGCAGAAGAUGAGGACAUCGAAGAGUCAGACUCCACCGACCACACAAAGAAAGGGGGUAAAAGGGUGGUAAACAUCGUUGGCUUCAGACGAGGAUACAACUACCUGAAUGAGCUGCUGGGACUCGCCAAGCCCUUCGGCAAAGUGGUGAAACACCUGGUGCUGGAUUUACGACCCGAGGCCUACCUUCAGUUUGCCACAGAAGAAGAAGCUCAAGCAAUGGCUAAAUUUUAUAACAGUAAUGUGACGGCAUCGGUGUGUGGUCGACCAGUCAGGGUCAGCCACUCCAUGACCUACCCCACUAUUCAGUGCGGCUCCAGCAGGGUGGUGUACAUUGGUCAGAUCCCCAGCAGCAAGUACUCAGACGAGGCUGUCUUGAAACUGGCCGAGCCGUUUGGGAAAGUCAGGAAAUAUUUCCUUAACAGGAUCAAGAGAGAGUGUUUCAUAGAGAUGGAGAAGGCUGAGGAUGCUGAGAAGAUGGCUGAAAGCUGUAAAGCAGAUCCACCAAAGUUCAACGGAAAGCGUCUGACUGUCUAUGUGAGCAGGAAGUACAGGCAGCUCAAACAUGCACACCGAUUUCCAAGCACAAUGAAGAGAGAGAGAAGCAGGUCACCAACGAAAGAACCUGCAACCAAAAAACCCAAAGAGAAGAUGGCGGAGAAGGAGGUGGAGGAGGAGAAGGCGAGGGAGGAAGAAAAGCUGAACUCUGACCUGAGCGGUGAAGAAAAAACAGAAGAGAACCCCUCAGAGAAGAUUACUGAAGUUCGUGAGCAGAACCAGCUGGAGAAACGGGAGGAGGAGCUGGAGGAGAUGGAGACCACUAAUCACAGCGAACAGACGCAGGCUGCUCAGAACAAACCGGUCGCUGCAUCUCUGCCGCUGCCCCCCUACGACCCAGAAAUCCCCAUCGGUGUGGAGCAUGUAAAAAUGGGUUAUUACUGCCGCGUCUGUUUCCUAUUUUACUCCAACGAAGGCACCGCCAAGAAAACGCACUGCAGCAGCAAGACGCACUACGACAAGCUGCAGAACUAUCUGGAGAAAGAACGGAACAAAUCAGAGAAGAAAGUGAAGAAAGCACCUUAAGAUUCAAGUAGGAGAUUUAUUGUUUGUCCUUUACAGAUCUUCAUGGGUCCAAAACCAAUUGAGUAAAUAGUGAACCCAAAGAUUUGAUGAGUGGAAGGUUAAUUAAAUCUGAUGGAAACCCUGUCAGAAGCGUAAUUAACCCCAGUGAAAAUAUUAAUGUUUUUUUAAAGUCAUAGGAAAGCAAAGUUUUUAUUGGUCUUAGACACAGACGUGAGUAAGUGAUAGUUUGACCAAAGUCGACCAGUCACUGAAUCCUGUAAUAGCACACGUCCUGUGGACCUCUUGUCUAUGGCUUAUUCAGAACCUAAACCCAACUGAGCUGAAUUUGAACCUGUGAAGUCUCGUCCUAUUUUUUUUUUUAUAGGUUUACAGUACAGGUAUCAGCUGCUGCAGUCAAAGCAAAAACAUGAUAGGGUCAGUUGUUCACUUUAACUUCACCACUCAAGGGCAGCCAGUGGAGAGUCAUGACAAAGUAGUUCAGUUAAUAAUUGUUAAAGUUGAGAGAAACACCCAGGACUUUUUUGUUUGACUGCAUGCUGGACAACCCAUCCAUAGACUGGAAAUGGAGGGAGUGUCUAAAGCUAAGAUCCAUAAAACAAACUGAUGUGUGGAACUCUUGUUUUUUUUUUUUUUAUUGUUUGGAUGGUUUAAAAUAAAACUUGAUUUUGUGAUUUGUGUAA